CGAAAACACAUCAAUGCCAGACCAAAAGAUAACGAGAACACCCACCCCCCAGAACCUCUCCAAUCACCCUCCUCCCGAUGGACAAAUGAAACAAGCGGCCAGACGACGCUUGGGCAAGGCACACAACACAACGUGUCUAUCACUGGCUAAACCGCCAGCAAGAACCCAGACGCCCCAGAACUCCCAAACCAAACCCCCAAAACCACAGACCCCAAGGCUCCAGAACGACUCAGACGAGGCAGAAGCCCAGGCUGCUUGACCGCAACUGGCUGCCUCACCCGUUGCCCAUACCAUACCAUACCAUACCAUACCAUAGUUACAUGUACAUGUACCUUGUUGUGCUGACUGCAACCUUCAAAACCCGCUUUCUCUCAUGCGUUCAAACGUAGCUUCGGCUAGCCGAACGAGAACAACGGCUUGCCACUCAUUUUGCAUUAGCCAUUUCACCCUCUUCUCUACUCAAUCAACUCAUGGGCUUUCAACUACAGAGCGUGGGGUGGAUGGAUGGGACCUCCCCUCCAUCUUCAAGGGGAGCCGUGGCUUACCACUAACUCCAGUCAAAGAAGAAACUCAGAAGAGUCGCAAAGAGCGCCUGCAGCUGCAGCUGCAGAUCCACGCCCACUCCACACAACAACAUCCUAAACUAAUAAUUCUCCACACAAUCCACACUGCAACACCACCUUUCCGCUUGCUACUGGACAGAGCCAUCGGAAAUCUCAUUCGGGUUCUUGAGUGCUAACUACGCAAAGUACAUCUCCUUUAGCUCCAUUCGCACUAAAACCCGCGUUAAGACAACGAGAAUGCAAGGGGACGCAAGGCAUCAAGAGAAGAGAUUAUUAUUGAAUGCAUCCAGUAACUAUAUUAUUAGCUGACUGCGCUAGGACAUUUUUGGCAUCGUGGGAUUUGAGGGAAGUUUCCCUUAUCCUUUUUCUUUCUUUUUUUUUUUCUUUCUUCCUUUUUCUCCGAAAAGCGGUGAACAAUGCAGGGGAAAUAUUUAAAGAAGACAUCCUGAAAUUUUCCAAAGAGAGAGAGAGAGAGAGAGAGACAGCCCUCCGUAACAAGGAGCAAAAACAAACCCAGUUCUUUGAAAAACCGCCCAUGAAGAGUUAUCCUGCAGCUUCCAGUCCUGGGCCGAAGACUUGGACAUACAUAGUUAACUACGGGAUAGCUUCCCGGGCGAAUCUCAUUUCAAAGUCCUCGGAUCCAUUCAUCCAUACAGCGCCGAAUGAGAAGUGAUGCGGCAAAAACAAGAAGAAAAUGGUAUCUCGUUGCCCUCUUUUAUAGGAACCCGUGGUUUGUUAUUUAUAUUAUUAUCAUACAGAGCUCCCCAUAGUUAACUAGUUAUCCCGCGGGAGGUUUACGUAUGUCGGAUAUCCCGACCGUCACUACCCAGAUAAAUAAGGCCACCCAAAGCCAGUCAAAUGAUGAGAGAGUCAUGUAGUUAUGGAGUCAAAUGGAACGGAUUACUGCAUAAACAACAUGUCGUGACACGCGGUAGAGUGAUGUGCUGUUAAAACCCAUGUAACGAGGUAUAAUAUAGCCCCUUUUUCCCAGGAAGCUGGGAGGGAUCGAGGGCGAGCUUGUUGUUUUUGUUUUCGGCUUUGAUUCCAAGCAGAAGUAAAAUGUUGUCUGUCCACACCGGCUGGCUCCGUUGGGGGUAUUAUUAUUAUUAUUUUUUUUUUUCUCCGAGAGAUGAUGAGAAACGUGACGAGAAGCCUUCGUGAUUGGACUCGACUGACCUGGGCUGGCCUCGUGAGUUUUGUAUUUUGUAGGUUUGACCAACCAUGCAGCAACCGGGAAGAGGAGAGAAGAAUCAUGGCUCCGACUCCGGCUCCGAGCUAGCUUGCUUUCGUGCUGGCGCAGUGUCAUCGUUUGUGAGUUUGUGAGUCAAGGCACAGCGACAGCCGUUGGAUUGGCUGCAGAGUUGAGUGUUCCUUUGCCGAUUGUUGGCGGUUUCAGAAAGGCGCUUCUGCAGCAACUUCGACUGUUGAACUCACCGCCGAGCCAACUAGUCGCUUAUUAGUUAAUUAGUAAGUUACUACUACUGGAAUCACUACCUACAGGUUCGGUUCGCAAUAUCCAUGGCAAGCCAAGCGCUAGGGCGGAGCUCUUCUCUCCCUCUUUCUAUCUAUCUUUCUUUUUCUUUGUCUUUUUUAUUUUCCCGCUUCCUUGUCCAGGCAGUGCUAUUUUCCGAUUCGAUUCUGUUUCCGUGGUUUUCGAAGUGUUCGGCUUGAUACAUACUUAUACAGUAGUUACUCCGUACAUGUGUGCUUGAUUUGAGCCUCCCGACUCCCGAGACACAGCAGCCAACCAACCACAGCAGCACACUAGCACAAUUGAACGGUCAGCAAAUAUGACAGAUAACAAUCUGGCAAGCUGCAGAGAGCCCCCCCCCCCCUACCACUCAACAGCUUCCUCGCCAGGCUAGGCUGCUCCUCUUCUUUCUUGGCUCUUGGCUAUCAUUAUUCUAUUCACAUGGGUGCCUGGGAUUCUGGUCUAUUCUUAGGAUAUGGGAGGGUAGGGAACAAGCAAUGAAGUUUGUGUUGGCAUGACACGUUCUCUCUCUUGUUGUUGAGUUGUCUCCUUUGAAAAACUAAUGAUACUCAGUGGCCGAGACGAGAACGGCAUCAUUCAAAGAUGAAAAUAGGGAUUCUCUGAGUUGUUUUUCUACGAUUUGAGUAUCAUUCAUGCGGACAUACCCGGGUUCUGAUGUUGGUCUGUACUGAGGAUUCUAUCGUUGCAGGUGGUCAAUUGAGAUUCAUCCCAAGGAGAAGUGGAAGACCAAAGCGCCCAUUGCCCACUGCGAAGCAAGGUUGAAUGAGAAGACAAGAGGUCAAUGGGACGGAUAUGAAAAGGGGACAUUCCGGGCCAAAGUAAAAGCUGAAACCGAUAUGCUCAGGCCUAGAAUCAAUGAUGUCUUCGAGAGGGACAUCUGCCUCAAUACAAGUUAUACUAACAUAUCCUCGCUCUGAACAGACAGAGUCUUCCUCAAAGGCCCUUUAGAAUAAAUUUGAAAUUUCACUUAAAGCAUAGUCAAGAAAAAGGUAGCUGUAUCAGGUUCAUGGCAAUCUAGGCAUACAUACAUAUGUACAUGUACAUGUACCUACAUGUAAUGUACCUCCGUCGCCGCAUCAUCGAUGUAUGAGAGGGCGGGCAGGUUAAACACCUCUCCAAACAAGAAUUCCACAGUACCCCGCCAUCCAUUUCUACAUAUUUAAUCCCGUCAUAGAGUCGUCCAUGGGUAUUCUUAUCCCUGGAUCUAAAUACAGUUGUAUAGUUCUCGACCUCUCGCUGUGCCUCAUGGAUGGGUUUGUGGGCUGUGAUUGGUUCCGGCGGGGAACUCCCAUCAAGGAGCGAUGAAUUGUCAGCAAAGUAUUAUUAGACCAACGCGACCAAACAGCUACAACCCUCCCUCAUCUGUCCGCACUCCUCCCCGUCUCCCUUCUCCUCCACCGCCGAUAACGACGAUAUACAGGAAUACAACAUCUGAUUGACAGUCGCAGUUAUCCUCUACGUUGACAUACUCCCUGUUCCCCUGUUCCUCCUCGGCAAAUAUUGAGUGCUACAGGCGAAAUACAACGAUUCGUCAGCGACUCAUCGCAUAUAGAGACAGACCCCGAUUCCCACUUUCGCCGCUUCAUAUCUAUCCUCGCUCCAGACAUCAGUAUUGGUCAAGUCGCUCAAUUGAAUCGCUCAAUAUCCACAGACGAGUGCGCCCAUUUGUUAAACAACUGACACUCGACCUCUCCUCACCCUCCCCCCCGCUCCCACACUCCGUCAGCAAGAAGGAAAAAAAAAAAAAAAAGAAGAAAGAUUCAAAAGCCAAUCCCGCGAUCCGUCGAGGCGACAGCGCGGUUUAAACCCUUCUCGGGGGAUUCAAUAACUGGGGGGUCCUCUAUCCGGGAUCCUGCCACCGCCCCACACAAAGGCACAUGAGUAGCAAACUCUGGCAGUAUUUUCUUCAAGAUGAUGCCCAAAGCUUCAGACGGUUUCUGGCAGACGCCACCAGCUCCCAUACGCAAUGGAAAAGCAAUGCGCCCACUUUUCCAGGCCAUGGAGGCUCCGGGACCGCGCUAGGGACUUCUCCAGGCUCGUUCUUGAAAAGUUCCCGCCCAACUGCGGCGGCGUCGUCGCCGAAGCAGCUGGCAGAGAAACAGCCCUCCUCCUCCUCCUCCUCCACCACCACCACCACCACGCGGAAUGUGCCUGUUACACUGACCCGUGCUGAUGUUAAUACGAAGGAUCAGUAUGGCCGCACGUUGUUGCACCUUAUAGCUUCGUCACAGAAGGAAACUGCGGUUGAUUUUGCUACGGCGCUGCUGGAGGUACCCUUCGUCGAUAUAUAUGCGCAGGAUCUGGAAAGCGGAUGGACUGCGCUGCAUCGUGCGUUAUAUGCCGGGAAUGUGACCAUUGCGCAAGCGCUGCUUGCGAGGGAUUUUCACGAUGCUACUGAUUUUAGGACACCUGGAGGAGUCCCUCAUCCAUCUGGUGGCCUGAUCAAGAUAAAAGACCGCGAGGGGAAUAGUCCCUUCGACGUCUUUGGAGCCACUAUUUUGCCUCGCGAUAUCAACAAGGCUUCGGGAUAUGAGUCUUCGCUAGAUGGAGAUGACUCCGUCUCAACUGAUUCUUCAAUCUUGUCCGAAGCCGAAGUCGCUCACGAGACGGUCAAAGGCAACAUAAAGCCUUUGGUUAACAUACUUGGCGAUGAGGUAUUUACUUUUGGUAGCAACAAAAAUCUUAAUCUUGGGCUGGGUGAUGAGGAUGACCGCCAAUUCCCGGAACGUAUCGGCCUCACUCGCCCAGAUCAUCUGCUAUACAGGUUCAAUCGUGAACACGCAGUAAUUCGUGCUGCCCGUAGAGGGUCGGAUCACGAUGUUGAAGAGCCUAAUAUCGAUUCUACCGCCGAGAUUCCUACUCUGGUACGAUCCCGUCCCAUUAUCUAUCAACAAAUUGUAAUGUCAAAAUUACACACCGGAAUCAUCACGAACGACCCGGAGUCGAAUCUGUUUAUGUGCGGGUUUGGCUCUGGGGGAAGGCUGGGAACUGGUGACGAAGGUACUAGGUUUAGCUUUGUUUGUAUCGAGGGUGGCGGUCUUGCUGGAAAGAAGGUCGUUUCCUUGGCUUUGGGCCAGGACCAUUCCAUCGCCAUCACGGAACAGGGUGAAGUGUUCAGCUGGGGAAGCAAUAAAUAUGGUCAACUGGGAUACGCACUUCCCAAGACCAAUCACAAGGACGACGUGCCCAUCCAAACCACUCCGCGGCAAAUCUUUAACCCUUUCAAGAAAGAAGCUAUCAUCGGCGCAGCCGCUUCCUCUAUCCACUCGGUUGUAUUCACACCCACAGGUUUAUACACGUUCGGUAAGAAUGAAGGUCAAUUGGGCUUUAUCGAUGCUGAUGCUCGUUCUCUCGAGACGCAAACGAUUCCCCGCAGAGUUGGCGCGUCGCUAUUCAGUUCACCCAUUUCUAUGGUUUCAGCAAUCGAUCGAGCCACGACCUGUUUGCUCGAAAACCACGAAGUUUGGGUCUUUACCCAUUAUGGCUAUUCUAAAAUAGCUUUCCCCCUUGAUGGUGCCUCGACCUUCAUCCGAGACAGCUUCAUGUCAACGAGAUACGGCCUGUCAACCAACCACAUUUCCAAAAUCACAUCUGGCGGCAAUACGAUAUGCGCGAUGUCCACUUUUGGUGAAGUCUAUACCGUUCAUGUUAACCGCAAGGCGGAUACUAGCUCGACAGCAUCAUCCACAACCAACCCAGCCAAGAUCCGAAAUUCGUUGCCCCAGCCGUCUCGCGUGUGGUCUAUCAAAAAGUCCCACAUGGCUGUCCGGGACGUUGACGUUGGCCAAGAUGGAUCCAUCAUCAUAUGCACCGAGUCCGGCUCUGCCUGGAGAAAAGAAAAACGUGCAAAGAUCAACGACGCUGGCCGCCAAACGACAGGAGAUGCUCGCUUGAAGGACUACAAAUUCGUCCGCAUUCCGGGCCUCUCGCGCGUUGUAGCUGUUCGGAGUAAUGCUUUCGGGGCAUACGCGGUUGCUCAGCGCGGCUGCGACGUGGCUAGGGAGCAAAUAAUGAUUGAUGAUCGCUCUAUAUGGGAGGACUUCUGGCCGCUCCUGGCGUUUAAAAGUAUAUUGAGGGAUGGGGAUCCUGGUGAUUACUCGUCAAUGUCGAUGGACGUGGUCAUAGGGAACACGCCUAUCAAGCCCUACGACCUUGAGUCGGAAAUCGAAUCAACAUUGGAAGACGUUUCUCGCCCCGAUGACUUUCAACCAAUUGUAUUGGUGUCGACAACGGCUUCGGAUGUACGGAUUCCGGUCCAUGGGUUUAUUCUGGCUGGCCGUAGCCCCGUUUUGAGAAGGGCUUUGGCUGAAUUCCAUAAGUCGUAUUAUUAUUCCGUUCCAGACGUGUUCGGCGUCGAGUACGAUAAGAACGGCCAGGUUUCGAUCAAGUUUAGUGACGUCGACUUCCUGUCCAUAUUUAACCUGGUGCUGUAUAUGUAUGCAGACCAGCUCUACGAUGUAUGGACUCUGGCUCGACACUCGCCCAAACAUGCGACGCAGUACAAACGGGUUCGAAUCGAGGUUCUCAAACUAGCAACGGCGCUUGAACUUCGUGAUCUUGAGCGUGCGGUAAGAUUAAUGACCCUGCCUCACAAGCGUUUGCACCUGGACAUGGAACGGGCGUACGAGGAUCCCAACUUCUUUGGAAGUAGCGAUGUGGUAAUUGAACUUGACGGUGGCGAUGUAAACGCUCACAGCCAAAUUUUAUGCGCCCGCUGCCCUUUUUUCAGUGGGUUGUUCUACGGGAGAGCUGGUGGUCGUUGGCUCACUCGAAGACGUGGUGGUUCCCCGGAUUCUGGUGUCGAUCCUCUUCGCAUCGAUUUGAAGCACAUCCGUCGCGACAUUUUCGAGUUUGUAUUGCGUCAUAUAUAUGCGGAUACGGAUGAUGAACUUUUUGAAGACGUGAAGUUCGAUGAAUUGGAGGAUCUGAUUGACCUAGUCAUUGAUGUUAUGGCUGUUGCGAACGAGUUGAUGUUGGAUAGACUGGCACAGAUUUGCCAGAAGCUACUGGGACGGUUUGUUAAUAAUCGGAAUGUGUGCCAUUUUCUAAAUGCUGUUGCACCGUGUUCGGUGACCGCGUUCAAGCAGGCCGCGCUCGAGUACAUCUGUCUAAAUCUUGAAGCUAUGUUGGAAAAUAGGCUUCUUGAUGACCUAGACGAUGAUCUAUUCUGCGAACUCGACGAUGUCUGUCGCGCAAACCAGCUGACAUGCCAUCCGGUUUCUAGAGGGCGGAAUUCAGAAGGCUUCGUCGCAGAGAGAUAUCCGGAAAUUGUUCCCCUCCUAGAACGUGAUAGACAGCGCCGGAUAGACUCAAUGAGGCUUCGCUCACGCUUACAUGAAGAUGAGUUGCGGCAGAAUAAAUUCCGCACGGGCGCCACUGAUAAAGAGAAGGCGGGUGUUAUGUCUCCCCUUCACCUCAAAAGUCGGCUGUCUGAGCCUAUUCUCAGGGCGGCGGAGUUGGCUGGGGAAACAAGUCCUGCCUUGAAGCCGAAACAGUCAAUGGGUGACUUGAUUUUCCAUAUGGAAGAUGAUCACCUCCUUCCUUCUGGUCAAGCUGGGGGCAAACAGAUAGCUGGGCUUGGUAUUUCCAAGCAAUCUCAGAACCAGGUUGAUUCAGUAGAUGUCAGGGGACGGUGUUUGCAGGUGGAGGGGAAACAGCAAAACGCGGGAUCAAAAGCUCGCGUUGAGUUGUCUACCACUCCUCUGGCCAAAUCCCACGAACGAGAGCACGCUGGUGCUCCAUGGAGUUCUGUUGGGCCUUCCAAUACUAAAACAGGUCUAAAGGAUAUCAUGGCGGAAACUUUAGGGUCUCAUCCAUCCAGCACAGGCUUAAACAUGUCGCCCCGCAGGGAUACACCAGCAACCAAACUUACGCCGUCAAAACUCUCGCAGAAAGAGCGUAAAAAGCUUCAGCAACAGAAAGCCCGGGAACUAACAGAACAGCAAGAGGCAUCUAAAUCAAAAUCAGCAUCGCCGUGGCAGAACGUCGCCAGUAAACCAUUUCCAAUACAUGCAACUGCGCGAGCGGAAGCUCAGUCGGCAAGGGAUGUCUCGACGCCUGUUCGCACCGCAUCUAAGGCGCCCAUGACAUUGCGCCAAACUGUCGCCGGUGUGCCUUCACCGCAAAAUCACACUCCUACUUCCAAGCCCACGCCCAACCCCGCUCAACAGAAGCAACAACACGCACAAGAAGCCCGAAUACCACCUUCCACACCAAAUGCAUCCCCGCUACCUAUCAUGAAGGCGGAUUCAUUCGCACGACAGACCCAAUCGGCCACUCCAACGACAACAACUCCAAUUCAGCCGAACUCACGGUCCCAGCCAUACGCUACCAUCCCCCGUAUCAAAUCCGACCCUCAGCAACAACAGCAAUUGUACAACUACUCCAGCCCCUCGCCUUCCUCCACCCAGUUCUCCCUAGCCUACAUCCUCGAACAGCAGCAGAUCGAGAAGGACGUGAUCCGCGAAGCGGCCACCGCCAAGCAUAAGUUGCAGGACAUCCAGCUCGAGCAGGAGUUUCAGGAAUGGUGGGAUCAGGAGAGUAGGAGGGUGAGGGAGGAGGCGGAGAAGGCGGAGGCUGCGGCUGCAGCUGCGGCUGCGGCCAGAAGACCUGGAGUGGGAGCGGGAGCGGGGAGGGGGAAAGUGAAUAGAGGGAGAGGUGGAUCUGCACAUGGGCCUGCGACAACCAGUGGCCAGGGUCCCGCUGAUCGGGGACGAAGGCGUGGCGGUGGGGGUGCUGUGGGGAAUAUUUCCAACGUUAUAGCGGCGACGGCUAACGGCGAAGGGAACGCUACUUCUCAACUGCAACCGCUGCAUGCUGCUAUGGAUGGAAAUAAACGGAGGGUUGUUUCGGAUCGAGGGAGGGGAGGGGGUCGUGGACAACAUAGCCAUGGCCAAUCGCGGGGGAGAGGAGCGGCGGGAGGAGGAGGAGGAGGAGGAGGUGGUGGUAUUGGGCUCCGUGGGAAAGGGAAGGAGAGAGCAGUGUCAACGUCGUAAAUAUUCUUAAGGAGACUUUUGCUUUUUUCAUUUUUAUUCCUCGAUGUUUGUUUUCGUUAACCUCGCUUCAAUUCUUGGUGUGUGUCUUGUUGUGUAUAGUAUAUUUUUUCACCCUUUAACAAUUUUCCUUCAUGUAUAUAUUCUUACUGCGGAUCAUCUUUAACUAUAUAUAGAGAGCUUGCUUGCGAAAGGAGACACGGGAAAAAAGUUAUAUUGCUAAUUGAUUCUUUAGUAGCGAAGGUAUAUCAUCACAUUUAUAGAUAAAAGGGAAUAUCCUCGAAUGUAUCCGGAUGCAUUAAAUGAACAUCUUGUCUUGUUUAGUUGCCUUAUCGCUUGCAUUUGAAUAUGUAAGAUCAGAUAGUUACACUUAACAAGUCCCCUUCAACGCAGAUAAAUCGAAAAUACUUAAUGCAUAUACACCACAAAUAUGGACCACGUAAUAAAUAUCAGAUGAUUACAAUAUGAGAAUAUAUCCACCUACACAUGCCUAGGUAGCAGCCAAUC